AUGUUCAAAGAAGAGGAAGAGGCCAAGAGAUUAAAGACAAAAGCAAAAGGCAAACUGGGACAGAGGACGGUCUCAGAGCAACUACGGAGGAGGAGGAGGCGGCGGCUGUGUGCGGCGCUGAGAUCCACAGCCUGUCGGGUCCUCCCGCCCCGCAGCCUGACUCACUUCCCUUACGGGGGCCAGCCCAGGGCGCCCGGAAUAGCAGGUAGCACCAUGGAUGAGUAUAAAGGCAUGACAGACAAGGAACUUAUUGCACGAUUGAAAAAAUACAGCAUUCCCCACGGACCACUUGUUGGAACUACCCGGAAACUUUAUGAAAAGAAAAUCUACGAAUAUGAGACUGAGCGGAUUCAAUAUCCUUCGCAUGGAGGAUCUGUGUCCCACACAGAGCCAGCCACCAGCCAAAGCUACGUAAAAGAGACCUUUGUGAGUCCACAAAAGAAGGAAGAUUCCAGCUACGGACGAGAAGCUCUUGGCUCCACAAGAACUUACUUCAAAGAAUAUGUCCCAAGACAGGAAUACUAUUCUGAGUACAGAGAUGAAGAUCCCAGUGCCACCAAGUCAUAUCAGAGUUAUAACUACAAUUUGCCCCACCAUGAAGAGCAUUCUUCAUAUGUAUCAGAAGAUAUGGAUGCCAACACUUCUGAGCCCUCCAGACCUUCCAUUCGGAGUUACUCAUCUUUAUUAAGCCAUACAACAUUUCCAGGGACAGUGAGCGCCCGCCAGCCAAUUGCCGAGCCAUAUUCCUACUCUUCCAGUGAGAAGGAUAGGCCAGCUGAGAGAGACAGCAGUUCCUACCAGAGCGUUUUCCAACGGAAAUCACCUGGCUUGUCUUCGCUGCAGGUGCAGCCCCGCCGUGCCAUACAUCCAGAACGCCAGGCCCAGGCAGCGGAGACGGCUCUGGGGAGCAGUGCAGAAACCAAGCGAUACCUCCCCCUCUGGCUCCAGUUCCUGUUGUUUGGGCUGUUGGCUGCCUUCCUGGCCUUCAUCUACUUCUUACAGGGAGGGGCUGAGGACAACCCCUUUGUCAAGUACAUUCCUCAGUGAAGCCUUGGCUCUUAUUACCUAGGCCAGUCUUACCUGACCUGGUCCCCUUCAGAUUGGUCGGGGUGUAACUUCCAGAGGCUGGGAUGCUGGGAUUUGCAGUUCUAACCCAGCCAGAAGGCACCACGAUGGCCAGGAAUGGCCUAGAAUUUUGUGGGGAGGGAAUUCUUUGUGUGUGGGUAGAAUGUUUUGUUGACAGUAAGUGCCUUCUUGUCAGUUAAAAAAGAAAGUAGUAUAUUGAGGGCCAGGGAUGGAAACGUUUCUACCAACUUUCCAGAGAUAAAGCUGCUCCCCACACCUCGGGCCAUCUCCUUCCUGAAACCAGCUAACAUGGGGCAUUUUUAUCUGCUGAUUUUAUAGCUUGUCUUUAUAUGGGUGGCUUCUUAUGAGGGGGUGGAUGGGCGUAGAGGGAAGAAAUGUAGCCUAUCAAUUGCUUUGUUUUAAAUAUACAAAUGUAUGGACUAUCUAAAUAAAUCUUCCCAUUUUUUAA